GCAAAUUUGGCCGUGUUGACGCGUUCGAGCACGCAUGCGGAGUCAUGAGCGGUACAUUCAACCGGAAAAUCGAGCAAUAGAAAACGGCGAAGACAAUGGGUGUCCGAAGCCCUGCUGAAGGCUGAACUCCGAAUGCUGAGAGCGCCACAUGGAGGCGGUGCUGAAAAACUUGGCUAGCACCGUGGAGAUGCUGGCGGUGGCGGCGCAGAGCGAUGCGGUUAAGCAUUGGGAUAAACGCACUCUGUCCAGAGCGUUUCACUGGGCCCGGUACUGCGAGCACAUUUUCUCCAGAUUUCAUAAUAACUCCGCGAUUAGGAAGAUCAUGGAGAAGCAGCUGCAGCUCACGAACCAAAGUUUGCGAGAUACCAUUUCAGGAUACACAGAAGUCUCCUUCUCGGACCUGCCCCGGUGCCAGCACUUGUUGCUCGUGAGGCUGUUGAACAAUCCUGAACUUCCCAGCUCUAUUAUGAAGACGCUCUUGGACACAACGCGGCCUGUGAACAUGAUGCACUGUGAGUAUGAGGAUGUCACAGGUCUCUGCAGCCGCAUCAUUCAAUGCAAAUCAGCUUUUAAAGUAUUGAGUCCCCUCACUGACAUGUCAGCCCUUGGUGCUGAUGCUGAGGUGCGAGGGGAGAUGCUGAUGGAGAGGCUGGAGGCUCUGCUGAGCCAAGGCAGCGAAACCUGCAGGACUGAGCAUUUUUUGGGCUCUGUCCUCCAGGGAUGUGAAGGGGCACCGCAACGUUUCUGUCUAGUCAUCGCUGCAGCUCUGCUGACAUCCAAAAACUCUGCUGCACAAAAUGCUGCACACGAUUUUCUCUUGGACUGGCUGCAGAAGCAACACAGUCUGCUGCAGCACAUGUGUUCUGCACUGCCUGCUACACUUCUGAUAGCCCUGGCAAAAGAAUAUCAGAAAUUCAGGGAUUCAUAUUGUGAUGUACUGAAAAAGUUGGCCUCAGAAAUGGAAUACAGCUUAAGUGAUGGUGAAUGGGUUCAAACCAGCACAGGCCCUACAGUGACCUUCGAGAAACUCACUGAGCACUUUCUGGCUUUGUUUGAGGCCAGUCCGUCUCUGAGGAGUGAUAUAGAAGAAGAGCUAAAUGCUUUGAAGAUUUCUGAUGGAGACUUUGACGUCAGAGGGCUGAGUGUGUGGGGAGACCUGUUUGUCAGCAUUAAACGACUGGAAAGAUGAUCAAACUGUAGCCAAAUAUAUGUUUGUAACUUGAUACUGUUGGUGUUUUUUGGUAUCAGAGGAAGACUGUUUUAUACAGCUGACAUCAGUUUUAUGCUGAAUAGUCAUGUUCUCCUGAUUUAACAGUUGCAGUCCUAUUUCUUUCAAUUGUACUUCAUUUUACCAGUGUGUGCAAGGCUACGUAGGUUUAUGAAAUAUUUAACAUGUAAGAAUUUAGGUUGGUCAUGAGCAGGAUGGUUCUAACAGAGCAAAAGCUAUUAUUAUGGUUUCAUAUCAGCACUGGUAUUGUAACAUUUCAGUUUGCAUCCAUCUAAGUUUGAUAGCUUUGGGUUUUUCUGGUUAAAUAAAUAAAUAAACACAACUUGAAUGUCAUCUAUUUGUUUUCAGAAAUGUGAGUUUCAGUUACAUUUUUGACUCUUUUCCUCAGUUCCUGGAAUAUGUCUGUAUCCAAACAAACACAACAUGUUGAUUACAGUUGCAGU